CAUUUUACUCGAUGUUCAACAAAAAGCUUGCGAGCACUUAGCCAGAAUUGUAAGAUAAACGCGAGCUCGAGACAAACGAGAAGAGCUUUUCAAACAGAAGCAAGAAACGGAUGGAGAACAUGGGAUGCUGUGGAGAAGGCUCCUGGAAUAACAGCUGAAACUGUUGGUCGUGCAGUGGUUGGUGGUGCAGCUCUUGGUGGAGUCGGUGCAUUGUGUUACUAUGGACUUGGUUUAUCUAGUAACAUUGGUGCCAUUGAUCGAUCUUUUAUAUGGCCCCAGGUUGUCAAGGAUCGUAUUCGAUCUACUUAUGGAUAUUUUGCUGGGAGUUUGGCUAUAACUGCAAUGUCUGCAUAUGCUGUCAGUCGCAGUAGGGCAGUGCAUACUAUGAUGCGAUCUAGUCCACUUCUGGUUGUAGGUGGUAGUAUGGUGGCCAUGAUAGCAUCUUCAAUUGUCUGUAUGAGUAUGGAUUAUGCACCUGGCCUUAAUGCCAAACAYCUUGCCUGGGCRGGGCACAGUGCUCUUGUUGGUGCUGUUCUUGCACCCAUGGUUCUCAUUGGAGGUCCAUUGGUUCUUCGUGCUGCYGUGGUUACAGGGGGUGUAGUGGGGGCUCUCUCACUCACAGCAGCUUGUGCUCCUGAUGGCAAGUUCCUUACCUGGGGAGGUCCUUUGGCACUUGCACUUGGAGGGGUUUUUAUGGCAUCUCUUGGAACAUUAUUCCUCCCAGCAACCUCAGCUGUUGGAGCUGGUCUCCAGGCCAUCACAACAUAUGGUGGUCUCGUUGUGUUUGGUGGCUUCUUGCUGUACGACACCCAGAAAAUCAUCAGAGUUGCUGAAACACACCCGACAUAUGGCAUGAAACCUUAUGAUCCUAUCAAUGC